AUGGAGACUUCCUCCGCGACGACGCUCUCGCCUCAGACCGAUGACAAAGAGACAGCGGCGGAGACCCGCAGGAGCGUCGCUCCGCCCCAAGGCGAAGAGCGCAAGUCACCCGAGCACGCGCUGAGCACUGGCGAAUCUGAGAGCGAGGGAGAAGCUGGGAGUCACGUGACGUACUUGCGGCUGGGAGUCGACCUCGAACUGCAACCAAGCUGCGAGAUAGUCAACUACCAGACGUCUCGCAUCCACAAAAUCGAAAAUCUGCAAAUGUGUCCCCACCUAAAGAGCCUCGCUCUGAACGCGAACGACAUCGAAAAAAUCGAGAAUUUGGAGGCGACUCCGCAGCUCGAGGAGCUGGAGCUGUACCAGAACCGAGUUCGCAAGAUCGAAGGCCUCUCCACUCUCGUCCACCUCAGACUCCUCGAUUUGUCCUUCAACAAAAUCCGAAAGAUCGAGAAUCUGGCCACGGCGGUGAACCUCGUGAAACUGUAUCUUUCCAGCAACAAAAUUGAAGUGAUCGAGGGACUCGAGGCGCUCACGCAUCUGGAGCUUCUCGAGCUGGGCAGUAACAAAAUCCGCGAGAUCAGGGGAAUAGCCACCCUCACGGAACUGACGGAACUGUGGCUGGGGAAAAACAAGAUAACUGAAAUGAAAUUGCCGUCGCUGCCGAAGCUGCAACGACUGAGCAUCCAGUCGAAUCGUUUGACACACUGGGAUGACUCUCUCUUCUCCGCCUGUCCGAAUUUGGAGGAACUCUAUCUUUCACACAAUCGCCUCGAAGGGCCGAUCCCCGAUGGCGUCGGCAAACUGAUGCACGGCGUUGAUCUGGACCUUUUGCGUGUGCAGAAGAAACUCAAGAUCCUCGACUUGGGAGCCAAUGCCGUGGACGACAUGCGGGCUGUGGCGCAGUUGCCGGAGCUUGAGGAGCUCUGGAUCAACGACAACAAACUCGCGAGUUUGGAGGCUGUGAAGGCGCUCCAGUCGAUGAGCUCUUUGCGAACGCUGUACCUCGAAGGCAACCCAAUCCACGCCAAUCUAGGCCCUAGCUACCGCCAGAAUAUUGUGCAGAUUUUCCCACAAUUGCGGCAGCUAGACGCCCUCCUGAUCUGCGAAACGAUCAACAUCAUCGAGCGACCUCUCUCGGGCAAGAUUGGGGCGACGAAGCGAAAGUCCAUUAUGAAGCACGACGCGUAG